AUGAAGACAAAUUCACUCCGACUCCUGUUCUCUUUGCGAGGCGGGCGUCAUGCAUUUCGGACUUACUCCUCGCUCCCCGAGCGCUUGCAUCAUGAACUGACCACAAGGAAGCUCCCGUUGACUUACGACUAUCUACACCCCCAACCCUCGCAUCUUCUGAACCUUACACUCCGUGAUCUUCUUCCACAAUCCCAGAACUCUUCCGAUUAUGCGACUCUACCAUCAUUACAGAACCCGUCCCCGCUCCCGGCCGGUCACCACUUAAUCUACUUCCCGCCGCAGGUGACCUUGUCCCAACUACUUCCGGACUGCACAGAUACAUUACACACACCGGGAGAACCAUUUAAUCGGCGCCUGUGGGCAGGUGGAAAUCUAAGAUUCCCCGUGCGCAGUCCGCCUCUGGAUGGGAGUCGCGCAGUCUGCAUAGAAUCCAUCCGCAACGUGACAGUGAAGGGCCGCGAGGGGGACGAGAAAGUGAUUGUCACCAUCGAGCGACGCAUUGGCAAUGUUCCUGAACAAGAAACGGCCGACCAGACCUGGGACCGGAUAUGGAAAGAGAAUGAAGACAACGCGGGAGAAUCGUCAGUCAUUGAGAACCGGGACCUCAUUUUCAUGCGCCUAAAAACCAGCGCCCAAAUCGAGGCCGAUAAAGCGCAAUUCGGAAAGCCUGGUAGGACGGUUAAACCUCCCUCUGAUGCGACAUUCCGCCAUGCCCUCAUACCUACUAAAGCGCUGCUAUUCCGAUUCUCUGCACUGACUUUCAAUGCCCAUUCUAUACACCUUGACAAGGGCUAUACUCAAAACCAGGAGGGAUACCCAAAUCUUUUGGUACAUGGUCCGUUGACGCUCACGCUUCUGUUGAGUGUGCUUCAGCAACACCUGAGUAGAUUGAAUCUCCGCAUCAAUGACAUUGAAUAUAAGAAUCUAGUGCCACUUUUUGUUGAACAGGAGCUGGUGAUCUGUGGCAAGCCUAAGAAUGGCACUGGGGCUUGGGAUGUGUGGAUUGAAGGUCCAGAUGGAGGGUUGGCUGUUCGGGCUAAGGAGUGCGAAGCUGUCGAAGCAGAUAGAACAAUCCAUCGAUGGAUGGUUCCGCCAUACAAUAUAAUGGAUGUCUUCUGGGCGGCUCCCCCGGUCAUUAGGACCCUUACAGCCUUGACUCUGGUUCAAUCCGCUUUGAUGUAUAGCGGCUUAGUGGACUUCUAUUGGGCGCCCUUUAUGCCGAGCAUGAUAUUCUCAUGGCGCCCACAGGUCUACCGCCUGGUCACCCCAUUUCUACUAACCGGACCAAGAUUCGAUUUCAUCUUUGAUCUCUACAUCAUGUACCGCUAUGGCAGUGCUGCGGAGAGGAGCAUGGCCCCUGGAGAGUUCCUCAUCUAUCUCCUAUUUGUAGCUUUCAACAUCAUGCUCACUGCAGGUGGUUAUCUAGGAGCGCCUUUCCUCCUGUCACCCUUGGUCAUGGCUUUCGUCUACACCUACUCCCAGACGAACCGAGGAACAAAGACGAGGUUCUGGGUCGUCGACAUCCCGGUGGUAUUCCUGCCAUAUGCGAUGCUUCUCGUCGGCAUGGUAACGAACGGAUGGUAUGGCGCGCUGAUAGAUGUGAUGGGAAUCGUUGCUGCCCAUACUUAUGAUUUCCUCACACGCAUCUACCCGACUUUUGGCGGUGGGAGAAAUAUCAUCACUGUCCCCGGCUUCGUGGAGAGGUACUUCACCCACCACGACCCCAACAGCGGGUACCGAGGAUAUGGAACGGCGAGCCGCGCACCAAGGCCGGCUGAGCAACCCUCGUCGGCAUCAGCAUCAGGAUCAUCCUGGAGCAGCUGGACCUCUUCGGGUUCUUGGAACGGCAGAGGCGCUGGCCGGAGACUCGGUUAG